AUGCUGUAUUUACAAUUCAAAAACUGCGCUCUUAUUAAAAAAAACCACCUGACGUCAAUCUUACACCUUUUUUGUAGAGUGCUUCGUUACUUAUUUUUGAACCUACAAUAUUCUUUUACGAUACAUUGUUUUAGGAAAGUCUUUUCUGCAUCAUCGGCAGAGCAGAAUACAUUCCAAUUUGUCCAUGUCCACGAUGAGGUGAAGCAGCAACUAUCAGUUAACGUCUGGCUACGAAUGAGUUGGAAAGACGAGUUUCUAACGUGGAAUCCGGCAAAAUUUAAUAAUACUUCGGUGGUGCGGAUACCAGCGACCAUGCUUUGGAAACCUGAUAUAGUCUUGUACCAGAGCGUGGACCAGGACCCACUCAGCGGGGACCUGGGCCUCUCCUGCGUGGUCCACUCAGACGGGAAAAUCGAGUUCAACACCCCAUACAUCUUCAUCAGCUACUGCAAGGUAGACCUGACCUACUACCCCUUCGACACACAGCGCUGCCCACUCAAAUUCGGCUCCUGGUCCUACGACGAGACGGGGGUGGACAUCGUGCUGUCCCGACCCGAGCCCGAGCUGGCCAACUACCAGCCUAACGGGGAGUGGGACCUGUUAGAUAUGACGGUGGCAAACCACAAGAUCAAAUACACCUGUUGUGAACACAAGUUCCCGGACGUAGAGUACACCUUGGUCAUCGAACGUAAGCCUGAGUUCUACGUAGCCAACAUCAUCCUGCCUUACGUUCUCAUCUCUAUCUUGUCCAUCUUUGUCUUCUACCUGCCUCCUGAGUCUGGAGAGAAGAUGAAUCUCUCCAUCACCACCAUGCUGUCACUGAUUGUCUUCAAUGAGUUGGUUAUCACUACCAUACCACCAGCAUCAGAUGGGACGUUUCCUAUCAUGGGAAAAUACUUCGUGGUCAUGAUUGCCGUGGUCGGUAUGUCCGUCCUCAUGUCUGUCUGGGUGCUUCAUCUUUACCACAAGGAGCAGAACAGCGUCCCCAUGCCUCCCUUCCUACGUCAGCUCAUCUUCGGCUGGCUGGCCCGGGUAGUAGGCAAAUGCAAGUACCGCUCACACCUCACCAAGAACAAAGUCAAGGAUAAGUACCACACGCGCGGUAUCAACAAGCGCAAGUUCCAUGGUCAGGACAAUGGGUUGCUGACCAAAGUCCGGUGUUUUCCGCACUACCUGAACAACGACAGCACGACCUCGGUCAAGGAGAACCUGAGCGACGAUUUCACAAACGGAAGUGAGGAGAUGACAUUGGAAGGUACAGUGGAGAUGAUUGAACUGGGCAGUGAUCACAAGCCCAGCAGGGUCACGCUGCGGCUUGAGCGAGAGGUCAGCGAGUUGGCCCGGUGCGUGGACUACCUGACAGACCGGAAACGGACCAAAGAUGCAGACGAGGACUUCGCCCGUGAGUGGAGGGACGCGGCCGCCGUGGUGGACCGCGCGCUUCUUAUCAUCUUCACGCUCGUCAACAUCACAUUGCCUCUAUUUUUUAUUCUCUCUGCCACUGGCAGAUUUACAUAACAUUAGAGUGGUAUAUUUCUUUGAACUAUUUUUCAUAUAAUUAUCUGUGUGAGUAUUUGCUGGAUGUGCUCAGAUUUGAAUUCAAUGAUGCUCAUAUUUCUCGAAUCAAGGAGAGAGGAAAACGCCGAAUUAUCAAGAAAAGAUGGACAUUUUCUCCCUUUUGCCUAUCUUCACGUCUGAUUGAGUAAAAAUUAGGUCUACCGAUUGUAAGUUAUAUUGAUUGAUGAUAUCGAUUUUCAUACACAAAUUCGGUGAGUGAAAAUGACUCCACGAGACCCGAUAUUUGGAAAUAUAUCCAAGACGUCAACGUGGAUUAGCUAUACUGAAUUGUGUUCCAAUGAAAAGAAAAAGAAAACGUCGUCCAGACAUCAUGGAUUUCUCCUUGAAAGAUUUUGUUCAUGCCUAAAUUCGGCAUUUGAUUACAAAGCGAAAUGCCGUUGCAUAAUUCUUCUUGAGCUAGGAUUAUUACAUCGGUGAAAAUGCCACUUUACAUGGAAACGUCGACAUGAAUUUGUCAACGAGAACAUCACUCCUUUUACAUGAUCGCUUUGCAGUUAGAGUUCGCGUCUAUCGCGCCUCUAUCACUGAAAAUGUGGGUCGGCUAAUAACCCAUACAUUUAUUGGAGAGUUUUGGAUGCGACUGUUUCAGGGCCGCGGAAGAUCCCCUCGUGAUCGGAUUUCAUCAGCCCGUGUGGGAUGGAUUUUAGUGUUUAUUUGUCCCGAGUUUCAUCGCUGUCAUAAGCGGGCGAAGGGAUGGAGGGUGUAACUUAAGCCCCGGGGACGUGACGAGUGAGGGAUUUAAGGAUUAACUUUUGGAAAUUGCCUGGAGCAAAAGUUCAGGUCUUACAAAUAAUUUCACCUUGACGGUAUAUGGGACAAGAUCUUGAGCAAGUAUAAGGUUUAACCCGAAAUCACGAUCUGGAAAAAUGUAAAAACAACUAUUAGUAAUUAACUUCAACAAAACAACUAUUACCAACAACCACCAGGAGCAGCAGCAACCAAAGGCUAAUUAAACUUAUUAAUGAAGUUUUGUUUCGGGCGCCGCAUUAUAUCCGCAUCUUUCAUUGUACAUAUCAAUUCGUAGCUUGCUAUAAUAUUUUUUUUGUCUAGUGAUAAUUACAUCUUUAUCCAUUUUACUUGUUUCAAAGUAGA